UGUUCUAUCUGGUCACUACAUGAGUUUUGUAAUAUUUGUGACGUUGAAUCACCUUGUCAUAUCAGGAAACAGGAGAGCUAUAAAUCACCCUCCAGUGAAGAAUUCCAGCCAAUUCCACAACUACCUGAUGAAGGAUAGAAGAAACUUCUGAUCUUUGUGGAAACAAAAGACAUGAUUCUGCCAGUGGUGUUCCUGUGUCUCACAGCUGUGCUGCCUCCAUCCACUGGACAGGAAACUGCAGCUCUCAGUGCUCUGUCAAACAGCAGAGCAGAGCAGCAAAAGUUGAUUGUUGACAGACAUAAUGCCCUCAGGAGAGGAGUAAAACCAACUGCCAGCAACAUGAUGAAGAUGGAAUGGUGUCCUGCAGCAGCAGAGAAUGCCCAAAACUGGGCCAAUCAAUGUACUUUAAGGCACAGUCCUCCUAAUCUGAGGAGAACCAAUGUACUAUGUGGUGAAAAUCUCUUCAUGUCCUCUGCCCCGUUCUCAUGGUCAGAUGUUCUUCAGGCCUGGUACAAUGAGGAGAAGAAUUUUGAAUAUGGAACUGGGGCAAAAACAACAGGUGCAAUGUUUGGCCAUUACACUCAGAUGGUUUGGCACAAUUCUUAUAAAAUUGGAUGUGGUUUCGCUUUCUGCAGCAACACUACGUACAGUUACUUUUAUGUCUGCCAGUACUGCCCCGCGGGAAACCUAAUAAGUUCAAUGAAGACACCCUACAAGGAAGGAGAGCCCUGUGGGGAUUGCCCCACUGCUUGUGAGGAUGGAUUAUGCACCAACCCUUGCAAGUAUCAAGACCUCCUUGGAAACUGCAAAAAUCUGAAAAUGUUGUUUGGCUGUAGCCACUCACUGGUGAAGAAGCAGUGUCCUGCAAGCUGCAAAUGCACCACUCAAAUCAUCUAA